AUGCUACGACGCCUUUCUUUGUGCUGUGGAGCAAAGCAAGAGGAGGUUCCUGAUAGGGAAACACAUGAAAUUGUGGCGAUCAAGAAAUUCAAGGACAGUGAAGAAAAUGAAGAAGUCAAAGAAACGACUUUACGAGAGCUUAAAAUGCUUCGGACUCUCAAGCAGGAAAAUAUCGUGGAGCUGAAGGAAGCCUUUCGUCGGAGAGGGAAAUUGUACUUGGUGUUUGAGUAUGUCGAAAAAAAUAUGCUUGAAUUGCUGGAAGAAAUGCCAAAUGGAGUUCCACCUGAAAAAGUAAAAAGCUACAUCUAUCAACUAAUCAAAGCUAUUCACUGGUGCCAUAAGAAUGAUAUCGUCCAUAGAGAUAUAAAGCCAGAAAAUCUCUUAAUCAGCCACAAUGAUGUUCUGAAACUGUGCGACUUUGGAUUUGCUCGGAAUCUGUCAGAAGGCAAUAAUGCUAAUUACACAGAGUAUGUGGCCACCAGGUGGUAUCGGUCACCAGAACUCUUACUUGGAGCUCCUUAUGGAAAGUCUGUAGACAUGUGGUCAGUGGGCUGUAUUCUUGGGGAGCUUAGCGAUGGACAGCCUUUAUUUCCUGGAGAAAGUGAAAUUGACCAACUUUUUACUAUUCAGAAGGUUCUAGGACCUCUUCCAUCUGAGCAGAUGAAGCUCUUCUACAGUAAUCCUCGUUUCCAUGGUCUCCGGUUUCCAGCUGUUAACCAUCCUCAGUCAUUGGAGAGAAGAUACCUUGGAAUUUUAAAUAGUGUUCUGCUUGACCUCAUGAAGAAUUUACUGAAGUUGGACCCAGCUGACAGAUACUUGACGGAGCAGUGUUUGAAUCACCCUACAUUUCAAACCCAGAGACUUCUGGAUCGUUCCCCUUCAAGGUCAGCAAAAAGAAAACCUUACCAUGUGGAAAGCAGCACGUUGUCUAAUAGAAACCAAGCCAGCAAAAGUGCUGCUUUGCAAUCUCACCACAGAUCUAACAGCAAGGACAUCCAGAAUCUGAGUGUGGGCCUGCCCCGGGCUGAUGAAGGUCUCCCUGCCAAUGAAAGCUUCCUAAAUGGAAACCUUGCUGGAGCUACUCUUAGCCCAAUGCAUACCAAAACCUACCAGGCAAGCACUCAGCCUGGGCCUACCAGCAAAGAUCUCACUAACAACAACAUACCACACCUUCUCAGCCCAAAAGAAGCCAAGUCAAAAACAGAGUUUGAUUUUAAUAUUGACCCAAAGCCUUCAGAAGGCCCAGGCACGAAGUACCUCAAGUCAAGCAGCAGAUCUCAGCAGAACCGACACUCAUUUAUGGAAAGCUCUCAGAGCAAAGCCGGGACACUACAGCCCAGUGAAAAGCAGAGUAGGCAUAGCUAUAUCGACACCAUUCCCCAGUCUUCUAGGAGUCCCUCCUACAGGACCAAGGCCAAAAGCCAUGGAGCACUGAGUGACUCCAAGUCUGUGAGCAACCUUUCCGAAGCCAGGGCCCAAAUCGCAGAGUCCAAUACCAGUAGGUACUUCCCAUCCAGCUGCUUGGACUUGAACUCUCCCACCAGCCCAACCCCUACCAGGCACAGCGACACGAGAACUUUGCUCAGCCCUUCAGGGAGAAAUAACAGGAAUGAGGGUACUCUGGACUCACGCCGAACCACAACCAGGCAUUCUAAAACGAUGGAGGAGUUGAAGCUGCCUGAGCACAUGGACAGCAGCCAUUCUCAUUCGCUAUCUGCACCUCAUGAAUCCUUUUCUUAUGGGCUAGGCUACACCAGCCCCUUCUCCUCUCAGCAGCGUCCUCAUAGGCAUUCCAUGUAUGUGACCCGGGACAAAGUGAGAGCCAAAGGCUUGGAUGGAAGCUUGAGCACAGGGCAAGGGAUGGCGGCCAGAGCCAACAGCUUGCAACUCUUAUCACCCCAGCCUGGAGAACAACUCCCUCCAGAGAUGACCGUGGCGAGAUCAUCUGUCAAAGAGUCCUCCAGAGAAGGCACCUCUUCUUUCCACUCUCGUCAGAAGUCUGAGGGUGGAGUGUAUCAUGACCCACACUCUGAUGAUGGCACAGCCCCCAAAGAAAAUAGACAUCUGUACAAUGAUCCUGUUCCGAGGAGAGUCGGUAGCUUUUACAGAGUGAUGUUUCAAAUUGCAAGUCCUAAUGGGUUUCAGGAACACUUGGACCUACAGUACACAUUUUUACUCCCCUGGAAAAGUCCUGAAAAUAUUAGUCAUUCUGAACAACUCAAGGAGAAGGAGAAGCAAGGUUUUUUCAGGUCAAUGAAAAAGAAAAAGAAGAAAUCUCAAACAGUGCCCAAUUCUGAGGGCCCUGAUCUUCUGACAUUGCAGAAAGCCAUUCACUCUGCUAGCACUCCGAGCAGCAGACCAAAGGAGUGGCGCCCUGAGAAGAUCUCAGAUCUACAGACCCAAAGCCAGCCGUUAAAAUCACUGCGCAAGCUGUUACAUCUGUCUUCAGCCUCAAAUCACCCGGCUUCCUCAGAUCCCCGCUUCCAGCCCUUAACAGCUCAACAAGCCAAAAAUUCCUUCUCAGAAAUUCGGAUUCACCCCCUGAGCCAGGCCUCUGGCGGGAGCAGCAACAUCCGGCAGGAGCCCACCCCAAAGGGCAGGCCAGCCCUCCAGCUGCCAGGUCAGAUGGAUCCUGGUUGGCACGUGUCCUCUGUGACCAGGAGUGCCACAGAGGGGCCUUCCUACUCUGAACAGCUGGGUGCCAAGAGUGGGCCAAACGGGCACCCCUAUAACAGAACAAAUCGCUCACGAAUGCCAAAUCUGAACGAUUUAAAAGAGACAGCCUUGUAA